AAAAAAUAUAUUUCUCUUUUCACCUUAGUUCUUUUCAGAAAAAAAAUCAAAAAUCAUGCCAUCCUCAAAUCCCGCUAGUGACAAAAAGAGAAAGUCUACUAAGGCCUCGUCUAAACAUUCUGACGACGAACCAGUCAAGUCCACCAAGAAAUCUUCUCACAAGUUACAAGACCAACCUAAACACAAGUCAACAAAGAAGUCUAAAAAGCCCAAGGAACCUGUCUCUGACAUCGAUAGUGACGAUGACGACAACAUCGAGGAGAACACCACUACCACUCAAAAAAUCACUCGUCAAACCACUAGAGACUCUGACUCUGAAGGUAGCAGAACUCAAGAAAACUCUGAAGAUGAUUCUGACAAUGAUUCUGGUGCCGACUCUGAUGCUCACUCUGACUCUGAAGACGGUUCUGAGGAAGACGAAAGAGAUAUCAAGGACAUUGCUAAUGAUGCUACCGAGCAAUUGCAAGGCAACAUCGAGAAAAUCGUUACUGGUGAUGACUCGGAUGAUAACGCACAGAGCGAUGCUGACGCAUUGACGACCAUGAACGCUAUUAUGGAGUACAACAAGACACUCAUUCAAAAGCUCGAAGCAUUGGAGGCAAGAAGUGGUGGCUUGAAGAAGGGAGAUAUUCAAAACUCUGUACACGAUACAAUGCAUGAAGUCUAUACCAAGUAUAAUAAGAAAGAAGAAUCUACUGGUACACACCAAUCUCAUGUGUUUGAACUCCCUGUUGGUGAUAUGAUGAAGGGCUAUGGUGCGUUCUCUACCUCUAUAACGGAUGAUAAGAAGGACAAGGAUGAGAAGAAGCAUACCGAUGAUGAAGCAUCCACUGUCAAGGAUGAUGACGAUAAAAUCCGUAUUGGCGAUGGAGUUAAAGAUGAUAUCGUUGUAAAGGUCGAGGCAACCAAAGGUGGAAUCACAUUCUCUAUUCAUAUCCCUCGCAAUUAGUCGUCAAUUUUUUUGAAAAAAAAAAAAAACUAUAUUUCUGUAUUUAAUGUAUCUUUUUCUGCCAUACUCUAUUCCUUAUUAUAAUAAAACCCAUGUCGUUUACUUGAA